CCUCAAUGUUGAUAUCCCAUCUACGGUUAUUUCAAGUAUGCCAUUCGUACAUCAGCUGUUCGGCGCUGCGAGGAACCAUCCGGUCACCAUGACACUCCCGAAGCGUCUGCUGGCCACUCAUGCAACUAAAUCAGUCGGUCCACUGACAGGAAUUCGUGUCCUUGACAUGACGCGCGUCCUCGCCGGACCCUUCUGCACGAUGCUCCUCGGGGAUCUCGGCGCAGAGGUCAUCAAGGUCGAGCACCCAGCGCGCGGCGACGACACUCGUGCCUGGGGUCCUCCAUUCAAGCUGUAUGAAAAGCAGGUUGGGGCCAUUGAGGGUGUGACAUCCAAGGGUGGCUUGUACCGCCAGCCACCCCUGUUCAAGGGCGAGAGUGCGUAUUAUUUGUGUGCCAACCGCAACAAACACUCAAUUGCCAUUGACAUUAAGGUCCAACAAGGGCGGCAGGUCAUUCUGGAUCUGGCCAAGGAAUCCGAUGUUUUUGUUGAGAACUACGUUCCCGGAAAACUGGCCGAGUACGGGCUCGGCUAUGAGGACCUGAAAAAGGUCAACCCGAAGCUCAUCUACGCAUCAAUCACAGGAUAUGGCUCGUCGGGGCCUUAUGCAAACAAGCCAGGAUAUGAUACCAUCAUCGAGGCCGAGGCUGGUCUCAUGCACAUUACUGGCGAGGCCAACGGGCCACCGGUCAAGGUUGGCGUGGCUGUCACCGAUGUGACCACAGGCAUCUACGCCCACAGCGCAAUCCUAGCUGCUCUGCUGUCGCGAGUAAAGUCUAAUGUCGGCCAGCACCUGGACGUGUCGCUGAUGCAGACACAGGCUACGGUCCUGGCCAACAUUGCCUCAAGUUACUUGGUAGGAGGCAAGGAGAGCAGCCGACUCGGCAGCAGCCACCCGUCGAUCGUCCCCUACCAGGUGUUCCCGACCAAAGACGGCAGCAUCUGCAUUGGAGCUGGCAACGACAAGCAGUACAAGAUCUUCACCGACGCCAUCAGCCGACCGGAUCUGCUUGAAAACCCAAAGUAUGCGACCAACGCAGAUCGCGUGCAGAACCGCGAUGAGCUCGUUGCCCUGAUCACUGAGGCGCUGAGCGACUGGAAGACUGACGAUCUGGUUUCUCGGCUGGAGGGAAGCGGCAUGCCGUUCGGGCCUGUCAACACAAUUAAGCAGACAUUUGAGCACCCGCAGCUAGUUGCACGGCAGGUUGUCAAAGAAGUCGAGCAUCCAUUUGCAGGCAUUCUCAAGCUGGUCGGCCCUGCUGUCGAGUACUCCACCUCAGAGGUUGGCGUGCGUCUACCGCCACCUAUGCUUGGGCAACAUACGGAGGAUGUCAUGCGCAGUGUGUUAAACUACUCUGAUGACCAGAUCGAGAGCGUGGCCCGUUCUGGCGGCGCAAUUUUGUACGACUACAAUAUUUGAAGUCAAUUAAAAAUUCUGGAAUAAAUAGGCCAAAGCAAAACGUGGUUGCAUUGCAAG